GUGGCACGAAAUAUGAUAUAUCAGUCAACAUUUUUUUCUUCUGACUAGGACUGUUUAGACUAGAAAUUCUAAAUAGUUAAUACGUAAACAAAGGUUUUAUUUUGUUUUGUGUUAAAGUGAUAAAUUGGAAUAAUGGGUGAUUCGUGUCAAGCUUGCCUUACGAGAAUCCCCCAUGCGACUCUUAUAGCUACAAUAAUGUGCUGUUUGGGCGUGGGGGUAUUUUGUGGAACUAUGUAUCGAGGAUCGGCACUUUCUAUUUUGAUGUUCGACGAGGUUUUUCACUUUCGUCUUAUAUGGAUCGAAGCAUUGCAGAUGAUUUUCAUCGUUGGUAGUGCUUGUAUGGCUGCUUUGGGUUUCAUGUUAUUAUGCUUAGGUUGCCUAACCACAGGUGCCACACGACAAAAGGUUUAUCGAGCAUGGAGAGCUAGAGUCGGUGGAAGAAUAUCUUGCGCAAUAUUUAUGAUAAUCACAUACAUUCUCACAUUCACCUGGCUGAUUCUCCUCGGAUUUCUCGUUAUCACCACAUUCUUGUUUACAAUAUUUUGGAAGCUUUGUUCAAAGCCAAGAAACAUAGACCUAUCGACAUGCAUCGAUUUUACUCAAUUUGACUUUAUGUUUCCGUCUUCUGUAAGACAAGAAGAUAUGAAAAUUUGUGAAGCACACAAAGUGAAAUUAUUCUGUAAAGACUAUGUUGAAAAAGCUGAAUUCAUGUUUAUAUUAGCAAUGGUUUCUUGCAUUCUGGUAAUUUUAAGUUUAGUUCACUAUUUGAUGUGUCUUUCUGCUAAUUAUGCACAUAUUCGUGACCAUGAGAAAUUCCAAGAAUUACAAGAGCUGCAAUACCUAACAAACCCUGACUUGCAUGCUUCUAAAGACAGAUUCUAGUAUAUGGCCCGCGCACCUUUACUGCGCUCCCUUGAGGCCACUACUAAAAUGUGACAAAAUUAAGAAAGAUGUUGAGGAACGUUAUUGUGUUCACUGUUUUAAAUAUAGAAAGACUGAAAAUCAGUGGAAAGAAAUAUUAGUAUAGACUUCUUGAUUAUAACAUAUCUUGAUGUUUCAACCACUGAAAUAUUGCACUUUAGUGCACAUUUCUUAUAAGAUUGACUUAUAAUCCAACAUUCCUUAGUUUAAGAUUAUUGAGAACAUACUGUUGAUUAAGAACGUACAAGUCACACUAUUUGCAAGUAUUAUAAAUCUUCAGUAUUCUGUAUCUGUUUUUAAAUUUAAAAAUAUAUACGUAAGAUAUGCAUGUAAUUCAAAUGACAAUGUUUAUUUGAAUAAAUAGUGAAGCAGAAAGAAAGUUAGUUUUCCAUUUUGCACAAAAUGUAACUGUCGUUAUUCUGAAUUAAGAAUAUAUAUUUGUUUGAAAAAUUGUUGUAUCCCACUGAUAAAUAGCAAAAUUGAAUAGUUUUAAUUACAUGUAUUUGUAUGUAAUCAUUGUAAUAUUAUUGUAUCUAGAUAUAAGUAAACAUACAUAAUUGAAUAAAACAAUUGUGACUUUGUAACUGACAGUUCAAUUAUAAUAGUACAAUAGAUUAAAAGUAAGAUAGGACAAAAUUUUACUUACCUUUAUGACUUGUAAACUAAUACUUAUAAAUAUGCCAAAAGGUUUUAAACAAAUUUCAUUACACUUAAUAUAAUUUAUAGUAAAUUUCUUAACACUGAAAAUACAAAUUUUUUAUUGUACUUUGGUUCAUGUACCAGGCAGUUAAAUGUUAGGUUAGAUAAGAAGCAUUUUAAAAUGCAUUUCAAGAAUUUACAUUAUUUUUGUGAAGUUUUUGGUAUGUAUUUACAGCUAUAAGUUAUGUUAGGCCAUAGUUAAGCCUGAACUAACAUAAAAACGGACAGCUAAAUACUAAUAAGUUAGUUGUAGCCACAAUAGUUAUAAGGUUAUAUUUAGCAUAGCUAAGAACACUUUUGAAGUCUAUUUAUUUGUAACUUUUGUUAUAGUUUAUAUACUCCAAUGUUUAAGACAAUAAUACAAACACUUAAUCAUAACAUUAUAUCCAGAUAUAAAAGGAUUUCUUCCAGUUUUGUAGCUUAGUUUGAGCACUCCCAAUAUAUUAUCACCUUAAAAGUGUACCAAUAAAAUGUUCAUUUUAA